ACUGUAGAAGAUGAUAUGACCAUCAGUUUAGAAACCAAGGUCCCAAUGUUGCAUGAUUUCCACUCCUAUCUAUAUCAGCCAGACUGGAGAUACAUAGAGAGCAAGGAGAAGUAUAAGCAAGUGCUUGAGGACUUCCCAACGAUCUCCUUGGAGUUCAGGAACCUGGCAAAGGUGUAUCAAGAUGUGAUUGCAGAUAUUUGUCACAAGAUGGGAGCUGGUAUGGCAGAGUUCUUGCAAAAGAAGGUUAAUUCCCUACAAGAGUGGGAUGGGUAUUGUCACUACGUUGUUGGGCUGGUGGGCAUUGGCCUUUCCCGUCUGUUCUCUGUGCUGGAGCUAGAAGACCCUAUCAUAGGACAGGACACAGAGCUUGCAAAUUCCAUGGGUGUCUUCAUUGAGAAAACCAUCAUCAUCCGUGAUUAUCUGGAGGACCAGUUGGCAGGAAGAGAAUUCUGGCCCAGAGAGGUUUGGAGCAGGUAUGCCAAGAAGCUGUCGGAUCUCGCCAAGCCAGAGAACAUUGACAUGGCCAUCCAGUGUAUGAAUGAACUGAUCACAAAUGCAUUGCACCACGUCCCCGAUGUCCUCACCUACUUAUCUAGACUGAAAACCCAAAGUGUCUUCAACUUCUGCGCUAUUCCGCAAGUGAUGGCCAUCGCCACUCUGGCGGCCUGUUACAAUAACAAACAGGUGUUUAGGGGGGUGGUGAAGAUUCGGAAAGGACAAGCUGUCACUUUAAUGAUGGAUGCCACAAACAUACAGGCUGUCAAGUCUAUAAUGUACCAGUAUGUGGAAGAGAUCUACCGGAAGAUCCCAAGCACAGACCCGUCUUCUAACAAGACCCGGCAGAUCAUUGUCUCUAUCCAGACAAUAUGUUUGCCCAACAGCACGGUGGUCUACCGUAACCAUUACUCCCCCAUCUACCUCUCAUGCGCCAUGCUUCUGGCAGCGCUGAGCUGGCAGUAUCUGAGUGCGAUGUCAGAGGCGUUGGAGGAGGACGUACAGGCCAAUGAGAACUGAGGGUUGGUUGGGUGAAGGCAGUGGUUGGGUAAUGUUGGGAACGGGUUCAUGUCUCUUUCCUAUUGGGUCUGCUGCCCUGUGGGAUUCCAAACUGGCUUGGGCCCUUGAAGCUGUGAAUGGAAAUCUGCUGGUUGACCUGCAGCUAUUGGGCGUAUUGCAGCCACUAGCUCGUAGCUGGCAGCCGGAGUCAGAUGUUUU